AUGAAGUUAAAGUACCGUAGCGUGAUGCUGUGGUGCGUGAAGGAUCUCGCGUCGAAGGAUCGCAGAUCCUUGCGCGUCAACAUAGAGUACGAUCACGCAACUUUGAUACGUUGGUCGCCGGAUGGAAAAGCGUUUAUUAUCCACAAAGCUAUGGCCAAUGCCAUCGAGGUGUACAAAGUCGCGAAGAAGCCUGAUGGUUUCUUAGCGUCUGCGACCAAAGCACUGGAGUUCCCUAAGCGUCACACCGAGGACGUUGUCGGGAUGGACAUCGCGUGCACCGGCAAAUACAUCAUCACGUGCAGUAAAAUGAACGACCUCAUCGUAUGGGACCUGAAAGGUCAGCCGUUGGCGACCGUCGAGCUACAUCUAGGGUCGACUCAUCGCGCUCGUAUAUCACCCUGCGGCCGAUUCGUCGUCGCUUCUGGUGAGCCAUGCAUAUCACUUGCUAUUGACGAGUUGAACGUGGAACAAAAGGGAGUAAAAUGA